CAAUGUCUCACCACCACUAUGAAACCAACCCUCACUUCGUUCAGUUCUCGCAGGAUCAACAACAUCCUGGUGGUCCCUCUAGCUCAUGGACCUCUCCGGACCACCACCAGUUCCCGCAGACUCACCCAGUUCCUCCACCCGGGCCAAGAAUAAAUACUAGAGGUCGCAACCAGACUGAGUCACCUGAACCAAUCGAUGAACCACCUUCCUCAAGACCGUUGCCACUGAGGCCAGAAGAACCUUUACCACCACGCCGUAAUCCAAACUCCGGCAGGCCUUUGCUAUUAAGCCCUGAAGAUCAACAACGACCUCCACACCAUGGUGGCUAUGAAUCUAAACCAACUCCAUGGUGGACAACUCAAACACGACCAGCAGCUCAUCAACCACGUUCGAAGCGGACCGAACCACUGAAACUACCAGCCACAGUCUGCUGUGCAAUUCUCCUGAUCAUCCUGAUUCUCUCCGGUCUCAUCCUCCUCCUCGUCUACCUCAGCAACCGUCCACACUCACCGUACUUCGACAUCUCAGCAGCGACACUAAACACCGCGAAUCUCGACAUGGGCUACUCCCUAAACGGAGACCUCGCAGUCGUGGUAAACUUCACAAACCCGAGCAAGAAAAGCGACGUGGACUUCAGCUACGUGAUGUUCGAGCUCUUUUUCUACAACACGCUCAUCGCGACAGAGCACAUCGAGCCGUUCAUCGUUCCAAAGGGAAUGUCCAUGUUCACGAGCUUCCAUCUCGUGAGCAGUCAGGUCCCUAUCGAAAUGGCUCAGAGCCAGGAGUUGCAGCUGCAGCUUGGAAACGGUCCUGUGCUGCUGAACCUGAGAGGAACGUUUCACGCACGCUCGGACCUCGGGUCGUUUAUGAGAUACUCUUAUUGGUUGCACACCCGUUGCAGCAUCUCGUUGAAUAGCCCUCCUUCAGGGUACAUGCGUGCAAGAAGAUGUAUUACGAGACGCUAGCGUUCUGCGAGCGACUACGAGUAUAUUACUUCUGUUUUGUUUUAUGCAUUUGAUGAUCAUACAAGUCAAAUAUAUAGUUUUUUUUUUGUAGUUUUUUUCAUAUGUUUCUGUUAAAUUUAGAAAAAUAAACUAAAUUGCUAAAGGGAAAGUACAUUUCAUCUUGUAAUAAUAGUAUUGAUCCAAAAUUUUAUU